GGAAAUACAGAGGUUGAUUCAUGGUGUUGUGAAUUUGUGAUCCUAUGUAGUUCCUUUUUCUGCUCCUAUAUCAAGAGUCUCAGGGAUGUGGUAGUAGAAUAAUAGUUAUGUAAUAAGAUAUCAAGCUGGAAGGAACCUUAUAGGUCACCUAGUCCAACACCUUCAUUUUACAGAUGAAGAAACUGAGGCCCCAAAAGGGUUACAUAGAUGAGCACCAAGCCAGAAUUUGAGUCCAUGAACUUUGCCUCUACUGUGUGCCACAAAGAAGCUCUAGGGCAGUUCUGAUGACAUCAUUAUGAGCAACAUGAAUAUUGGGACCUCAGUCACUGAAGUCUUCUCAUGUCUUUGGGGAUUUUACUUGUCUCCAAGGAACCCUGGAUGGAAGGGAUUCUUGCAGCAUUUUGGAGUUUGCUGCAUGGUUGGUUUUAUCUCAACCAUGCUCUUAUAUAUUGCCUUGUAUUGGUUCCUGUCAUCCUUAGCAAUCUUCUUCAUUCCCUUCUCGAUUGCUGUGUCAAUCCUCCUAUGUCUAUCCAAGCACGUACGCUACUUUGCUAUUCUCUUCUUUCUCUCUUGUGGACUGCGUGAAGGCAGAAAUGCACUGAUUGCUGCUGGAACAGGGAUUGUGACAUUUGGCCAUGUGAAAAAUAUCUUCUAUAACUUGAAAGGCCUGCUGGAAGGAAUCACUUGCAACCUCAGGAUCAAAAGCUUUAUGAUCUAUUUCCCUCUUCUGAAAAAAUAUAUUGAAGCCAUUAAGUGGCUUUAUCGUCUUGUCACAGAUAUCAGUCUAUUUGAAGAGAUCGUCUCUUGGGAUCAUACCUUGAACGUAUCUCUUCUCAGUCUCAGCGAAGCCUUUGAGAUUAGGCUCAACGACACCAAAGGAGAAAUCCUAAGUGUGAUAGACCAUGUAACCACUGUCACAGAGGUGCUAUCUUCUCUGGGCCAAGGGCUUUUGACCAUUGCUGGCUUUGCUCUAGUUCUAUUUAGCACAGGACUCUUCAUGAAACGAUUCUUGGGUUCUCGUAGUCACAAAUUUGAAAAUAUUUACAUCACCAAACGUUUCAUUCAGUUUGAUGAAAGUGAGAGACAUCAAAAAAGGCCCUGCAUUCUUCCACUUAAUAAGCAGGAAAGGAAGAAAUACAUCAUCAUACCUUCCUUCUGUUUGGCUCCUAAAGAGAAGAGAAGCCUUGGACUAUUUUUCCUUCCCAUACUGACUAAUCUCUACAUCUGGGCCGUGUUUGCAGCCAUGGAUUAUGGGCUGUAUCAGCUCCUUUCAUCAGUUAAUAAACAUUUCCAAAACUUGCCAGGAAUGGAGGUUCACCUAAAACUGUCCAAUGAGGUAAGAAUGGAAUAUAAUAAACAGAUUCAUAUGAAUAACAAUAGCACAUUACUGUAGUGUAUAAUAAUACUUUAAACUAGCAUUUUAUAUUGUGUUUUGAGAUUUGCAAAGUGUUUUACAA